AUGGAACCUCAGACCGUCGAACCCAUGGCUAUUGACUCCAUUGGUACAGAUGUGAGUGAUGAAUUAACAAUCACAGUUGUUCAUGAGGCCUUGCCCAAAAAGGGUAGGAACAUUUAUGGACUAGAAAAUGGGUCUUUCUUUAGCCACCUUAAGGUUAAACCAGAAAAUCGAUACAGUGAGGUGAAAGAGGACGCCUUUAGUAGACUAAUUUCUGAGAAGUUAAAGAAACGAAAAGUGCCUCAAUCCAAUAGUGACAUGGGUUUUGCAAGCAACAAAAGGCGGAAGUUGCUAAUGCAGAACAGCGUACCUACUAGUAAUAAUAACAAUAAUAUCAGUUAUGCUAAGAGCAUGAAGAACCGAAUGUAUGCAAGUCAAAUGUACAUAGAUAGUGUAAAUCGAGCUGCUCGGAGAGAACCGCCUCAUCUUGUUAAUGAAGUGAAAGACAACAGUGAUGACGAUGAUUAUGCCAGUGAUGGUGAUGAUGACAGUGUUAGUGACGCUGAUGUAAGUAGAGAUUCUGUUGAUGAAGUGCCAGAAACUGAGAAGGAGAAAGAUGAUGACGAUGACAAUGAUCAGGAAGAGGAGUCUAGUGAUGAAACCAGCAGUGAUAGUGAUGAUGAUGGCUCGGGAGGAGAGGAGGUUGAGGAUGAAGAUGAUGAUGACGAUGACAAGGAUAGUGAACCUGCAAAGGAGGAAAAGGGAGAUGACGUGGACAAUGCUGAGGAAGAGGAGGAGGAAGAAGAUGAGGAAGAGGAAGAUGGUGAACAUUUGUCAGAUGCAGAUGAUGAUGAUGGUGAUGCACAGUCACAGAGACCAGAAUCAUCUUUAAGUCAGAAAUCUAAGGAUACCACAACAGAGUCUCCUCAGCCAGUGAAUGUUAAACAUGAAGUUGAAGUCAAGGAAGAGCCAGCUGAAGAGCAGAUGGGCGUGAAAGAGGAUAAUAUCAGCCAGCUACAACUUCCUGCAGGAGUUGCAGUUCCACCUCAAGUAGCAGAAGCUAUGCUUAUGCAGAGUCCUCUUGCUACGUCACUGUUGCAGUCAUUCCUAGCAACUUCUUUGUGGUUUGGUUCUCCAGAAACUACAAACAAAAAAGUGGGCAGCCAAUCAAAAUUGAAACAGGAGCAGCAGGUAAGUGAAAUAGUGUAAUUGGAGAGGUUUUGC